AUGGCCAAGGAACUGCACAAAUGUUUGAUAAAUUAUUUCUCACAGUUAGAGAAAGUAGAUUACAAGUGGAAUCAAUUAUCCGAAGAAGCCACACGAUCUCUACACGGCUUAAAGAAUCAAUCAGAGCAACUUCGACUUGUCAUAAGCAAUGAAGUCGAUGAUGCAGAACUCUGUAAAAUAAACAAGUUACGGGAUAGAUUGAUUUUUAAAAUUCUUAUGGGAAUCAACGAUGAACUUACACUUCUCUUUGACAUUUUAACACGAUUCAAUAACGUUAAUCAAGAUCUAAACAAUCGUUUGAACAAUUUGGAAAUUGCACGAAGCAAAGUUUCGUUAGAUGAAGAGACGAUGAAGGAAUUAGUCAAUGGCACACCUUAUAGACCACGAUUAAAUUUACUUUUAGAAUGGGCAAUCGAAGCUUUCAAUUAUUACCGUCAAUUAUAUCUUCUGAUCAAUGGAAGUAUAAAACAAUUCAAUUACAAAGAUGAGGAAACGAUAGAAAAUUUAACGAAGUCUUUCGACGAGGACCGGUUUAAAAGGCUGCGGAUCGAACGUAUACUCUAUUUCACGCAAUUCCUGACAAAAGAAUCCGUUCGUUAGGAAGUUUUAUGUACUGCAAUCAAACGCCAU